AUGCAAGCAAAGUUCGACUUCCAGGUGUCGUUGAGGAGUGAUGGAGGGGUUCCUGCGAGGUCCCAGCCUGGCUCGAAGAUACUGUUAGGAACUCGCGUGGCUGCAGUUUUUGUGACCCCCAAGAUGCAGGAACCAGGAGGACAAGGAGAAGGUGUGUUUGGUUCCUUGGCUCACUCCAGGUGGUUCCUUGGCUCACUCCAGGUGUAUUUGGUUCCUUGGCUCACUCCAGGAGUGAGAAGAGAAGAUGAUGUUGUCCACACAGCCCAUUGUUGUGUCUGCACACAGUACAAUGUGAGCUGCUCUGCCGUGUACGACCUGGACCCGGUGGAGCUGGAGAGUUCACUGGUGAUCAGAAGGAAGAAGGACACGAAGGACCCGGAUGAGACGCUGCGCAACCUCACGGCCGACUACUCGCACUUCCUUCAGGUCAGAGGCUACGAAGACGUGUGCGCCACCGAGAAGGAGAGACACUUCCACCUGGCGUACUCGCUGGUGGUGCACAAGUAUGCCUGGAUGGUGGAGCGGCUGAUCAGGGCGCUGUACUCGCCGAGUAACGUCUUCUGCAUUCACUACGACCAAAAGUCCCCAGCUGUGUUUAGGUCGGCGAUGGAAGGCAUAGCUCGCUGCUUGCCCAACGUCUUCAUCGCCUCCAAGCGCGAGUACGUCAUUUACGCCGGCUUCACUCGCCUGAAAGCAGACAUCAACUGCCUGUCCGACCUCCUGGAGGUGGACGUCCCCUGGAAGUACGUCAUCAACCUCUGUGGGCAGGACUUCCCCCUGAAGACUAACAUAGAGCUGGUGUCGGAGUUGGCCGGCCUGAACGGCGCCAACAUGCUGGAGACGUGCCGACCCAGCAAGUCCAAGAAGCAGAGGUUCUCCUUGCACUACGAGCAGAAGGACAGGAUGUCGCCAAAGAGAACGAACCUGACCAAGAGCGCCCCGCCUCACGGCAUCGAGAUGUUUACUGGCAGCGCCUACUUCGUGCUCUCACGUGGCUUUGUUGUCUACAUGAACGCCUCCGUCGUGGUCAAAGACUUUCUGGCCUGGUCAGAGGACACGUACUCGCCCGAUGAACACUUCUGGGCAACGCUGGUGAGAAUACCAGGCGCACCAGGUGGGGUGCCUAGGAGCAACCCGGACAUCACCGGCCUGUUGAGCAAGACCCGUAUGGUCAAGUGGAAGUACCAGGAGGAGAACCUCUACCCAGCCUGCACGGGGAAACACGCUCGCAGCAUUUGCAUCCCCCCCGCCCACCUGGUCUACCUGUUCUGUUUUUAUUGUAAAGGACACACCCAUCCAGGUUGA